AUGUCAGACCUGUGGUCAUCUCUAGCCUUUGCCAUUGACCCCAAAUCUCAAGCCAUGCCGGCCGUCUUACAAUCCACCAUUCAUCUUCUGGAGAGUGAGUUGGUCAAGGCCCGUGCUGCCCUCCAGGAAAUUCAACCCAAUGCUUCACCAUUUGGUUUUCGGGGGGAUGAAGUCGCCGUAGGAGCCAUGGCCGCCUACAGACAAGAUCUGAUCGGCCGAGCCCCCGAUUUCUAUGGAUCACGGCGUUUGACACGCAAGGAACUAGGUCUGGAACCGGUCGUGCGGGAAAUCCCCACAGAGCGGGUGUCAAAGACCGUCGCUGCACCUCGUCGAACAUCGUUGGAAGAUGUACUGAGUAACAGCUUGGUACUGGACCAGAUGGCCCCGUAUCUGUCAGUGCCCUCGCUGAUGGCCUUGGGGUCAACCUCCCGCCACCUUCACACUGUGAUCAAGCAGACUCCAUACGUCUUCCGACAUCUCGACCUGACUCGCUGUCAAGGCGCCCAGCUCCCCACGGUGUCACAACAGAACGAGACACAGACAGAAGAGGAGAUCUACGCAGCCCCAUUGAAGAAUAUCUUCAGGAGCUUGGAGCGCCAACACAUACUACAGGAUGUGCGCACACUAGUGUUGGAUGGCCUGUCAGUACCUGCAGAUCUGGUGGCUCACCUGAUGUUAUCAGACCGGUUCAACGUGAAUAUUUUGUCCAUUCGCGAGUGUCGGAACCUAGAUGAACGCAAGCUCAUGGAGAUCAUCCAGCAUGCCGUUCGCCCGAACCGCCCCGCUGGAACCCCACGAGUGAAAGGAAUCUAUCAUUUCUCCCCGACCCAGACUUCUCAAGUGGUAGCGCGUCCCAAAUACCGGGACUGGUGGUCAACUCGGGCUCAAACAUCACGAAGCCCCAGCCAAACCCCAUCCAUCUCAGAGACCGCACCAGCGAAGCGGCAGAAUGAGUGGUACAGUCCAACCGGAAAACUAUUUAAGCAUAGCCUAGAGGAAGGUUGGGCUCAGGUGCUCCAGGAGUGUGAGGGAAUCAUCGCCUUCGAUGCCACCUUGUGCCGUGGCCCACGACACACUCCGCCUAGCGAGACCCUGGAUUCCCCAGAACAGGUCCCCGGACCCGCUGUCACCACUGUAGCUCUCGGUCCUCGUGGAUGCGAUGGCUGCCACAGUUCUCCCGAAGGGCCAGCGAUCUGGGGUCAGUCCCCAGACGUUCAAUUCCCCCUUCUCAGCCCUCCGCCACUCCAUUCAUCGACCAUAGCAGCAGCCAAGCGACCCGAGUUGAUCCCGGGCGAGCACCCAGUGCUCAUUGCUCGCUGUGCAGACUGCCUCACCAACCGAUGGUGUCACCGAUGCAACAAGUGGUUCUGUGGGAACUGUCUCCCUAACCCACAGCGAAUUCAAGUGAAUCUGUCGCCGCAUCAAACUGCUCAUGCAACAUCUCCAGAAUCUGAAGAGCACGAGAGAAUGGAACGAGGAGUGAGCAAAGAUUGCUGGGAAUGUGGCCCAACCUGUGCUUCCUGUAAACGAGAAUGCCAAUAUACCUGUCAAGGGUGUCAGGGCGAUUAUUGCAUCCAACACAAUGAAGGGUGCUCAAAAACAUUAUGUGAUUGGUGCAACACCAGUUCUCGCGGUCGAAUGCGUGGCAACUUUUAA